AUGGGUCUUGAAUGCCCAAGUAUUGCUUAUAUAGUGACAGUUGAAAUUCCUGAUGUUAAUCCUCUGCCCUACAGUGCCGAGAAGCGGGGGUCCCCAAGGCCUCCGGGGUUUGGGGCGCAAACCCAGUAUUUAUCUAGAUGUGUUGUUGGGGCAUCGCUGGAAGACGUAGGAGAAGGUGAGGAGGAAGAUGAAAAUACGUCAGAUGCUGAAGUUCCUCACUUGAAAGGAGGCCAAAGGCCAAAGGAGGGAGUCUACCAGAUAGUGGGAACUCUUUCUAAAGCAGAGAGUAAAAAACCAUCUUUUGCAGAGGAAACCUAUGCAGUCUCUUCUCGAGAAGAACUUUUAAGUUACUUGCUUGAGUGUGAGGUCAUUUUAUAUAAUAUCACUGAGGAUGCAAAUCAAAUUGAGGAGGCAACAUGGGCUGCCUCUGCACUGCGUACAGAGAUGCAACGUUUUGAGAUACCAAAGAUAUUCAUCCUCAUUUCAACAAUAAUGAGCUGGGCAAAAAGUAAACCCCUUGACCCAGAGGAUUCAGAAAUUGCUUUUACUGAUGAAGAUUAUCGCAGAAGAAAAUCUCAUCCUAACUUUGUGGAUCACAUAAAUGCUGAAAAACUUGUUCUCAAACUUGGGAAAACUAGCAAACAUAAAUUUUCAACUUAUGUUGUUGCUUCAGGACUUCAGUAUGGAGCUGGAGAAGGAAUCUUGCAUUACUUUUUUAAGAUGGCUUGGCUUAGUGAGACUCCUGCAAUACCUGUAUUUGGGGAUGGAAACAAUUUUAUUCCAACCAUUCAUGUUCAUGAUUUAGCAGCGGUGAUACAAAACAUAGCAGACCAUAGGCCAAAGACUCACUACAUAGUUGCAGUAGAUGAAUCUAUGCACACUCUUAAAGAAUUAAUAAAGUGUGUUAGCAAAAAUGUUGGACCUGGAAAAAUUGAGAUGAUUCCAAGAGAAAAUGCAUUCUUGAGCAAAGAGUUAACACAAUCACAUUUGGAUAUGCUGCUUGUGAACCUACGAAUAGAGGCUAUGUUUCUAAAAGAGAAUUUCAACAUUAGGUGGAUUGCUCAGACAGGAUUGGUGGAGAACAUUGAAGAAAUCCUCAAAGAAUACAAGGAAAGUCGAGGAUUACUGCCUCUCAAAAUUUACAUUCAUGGUCCUCCUGGAGUUGGGAAAUCUACCAUUGCUGAAAACCUCUGCAAGCACUACAAGCUACAUCACAUCAAAAUAAAAGAUGUGAUUUCUGAAACAAUAGCAAAUCUGGAGAAAAUUGUGGCUCUCAAAGAAAUAGAAGCAGACGAUGUAGGAGAAGAGGGAGAAGAUGACGAAGAGGAGAGUGAAAAUGUAGAAGCAGCACAAGAGAUAUUAGAUGGAAUAAAAGAAAGCAUGGAGCAGAAUGGGAGCAGAAAACACCAAGUAUUAAAAUGGGAUUUAGGUCAUCUAGAUGAUCAGUAUGUUAUUAAAUUCACAAAGGAUAAGCUUAAAACUAUGCCUUGUAGGAAUCAGGGAUAUGUUUUGGAUGGGUUCCCAGAAACCUAUGACCAAGCGAAAGAUCUUUUUAAUUUGGAAGACGAAGAUGAGGAAGAGGAAAUUAAAGGCAAAAUACCUAAAUAUGAUAAAUUAAUCACACCUGAAUUUGUUAUUUCUUUGACUGCAUCUGAUGAAUUCCUUAAAAACAGAAUAAUAAAUCUCCCAGAGAGUGUUGUUGCUGGAACUCAUUAUACUCAGGACGAGUUCCUGAGAUCUCUUAAUCUCUUCAGAGAGUUAAACACAGAAGAUGAGACUGUUCUCAACUAUUUUGAUGAACUUGAAAUACAUCCUCAGAUUAUUGAUGUAGCCAAAUUUGAAGAUCCUGAGAAUAGAAUUAUUGUAAAAGAGAUCAUCAGAGAAAUUGGAGAACCUCGGAAUUAUGGUUUGACAGAUGAAGAAAAGGAAAAAUUAGAACGCAAAGCAGCUGAGGAACGUCUUGCCAAAGAAGCUGAAGAAGCAGCUGAGCGAGAGCGUAAAGAAGCUGAGGAAACAGCUGAAAGGAAGGCAAAAUGGGAAGAGUGGAAGAAUCGUCUGGAGGAAGUAAAGAGACAAGAAGAAGAGUUACUGGAGGCCCAGUCCGUUCCAUUACGAAACUAUUUAAUGAAGCAUGUCAUGCCAACACUUAUGCAAGGGUUAAAUGAAUGCUGUAAGAUUAGGCCAGAUGAUCCAGUCGAUUUUCUGGCAGAAUAUCUCUUCAAGAACAAUCCUGAAAUCGAAUCAGAUAAACAUUAAAUCCUGACAGCUGUAGACGUCAUGAAAUAGAAAGGCAGAACAUUCCUAAUGCAUUUUACCAUAAAAAUACUUAGUUUUGGGAAAUGUUUUUGUUUAGGCUUAUUAUAUAAUCUUCAUUUUUAUUUCUCAUACUGUACGAUUAUGUUGUAUUUGGUCUCCAAUGUUCCUUCUACAAGAGCAGAGUUUACUACACAUCUUAAUACACUUGUGCAUCCAUAUGUCAUUUAUUUAUUUUAAACUGUGAACCGUAAGAAUCCGUUAUGUCUCCAAAACUUUCUUCCUGGUUUAUUUCAGUUACACAGUCUAACUAAGCAGGAUAUUCUUGCCCUCACCCAUAGUAGAAAUAGACAACUUGCCUGAGAAAAACUUUUCUUCACAAAGAGAGAGGUUAUUUUUACUGAAAAUGGAAAUAAAUAGAAGCAGCAAGUUCUCCUACUUCCUCUGCUCAUUAAAACAGAGGCUUACAACACUAAGAACACAUUUGGUCCUGCAGCAGUUUCAAGAAAAAUAACCAAACGAGAAUUUUUGCCUAUCAGUUAUCUUCUCUUUGCC